AUGGAAGAUUUUAGGCAAUCCGCAUAUCCACACAUCAGAUGUCUCGAAUUUUUCUCGGGGAUAGGUGGUUUGCAUUAUGCGUUCAAUCAAGCUUAUCCCAACGGCAAAGUGGUAGCCAGUUUUGAUAUAAAUCUUGUAGCAAAUUCGGUAUAUCGACAUAAUUUUGGUCAAACACCAAUAACGAAAGGUAUUGAUUCUUUGAGCACUGAUGACAUUGAGAAAUACAAUGCAAACUGUUGGCUGUUGAGUCCACCAUGUCAACCUUACACGAGAGGGGGUAAAGGUUUGGAUGAUCAAGAUCAAAGAGCUAAGGGGUUGCUUCGUUUAAUUGACCUCUUGUCAGAAUUAUCGGUACCCCCAGAAUACAUUUUUCUUGAAAAUGUUUUAAAUUUCGAGAAGUCAAGAUCUCGUGAAAAAUUGAUCAUUCAACUAUGCAAAGCAAAUUAUGAGAUUCACGAAUGCUUGUUAACACCUUUACAAUUUGGAAUUCCGAAUGAUCGAUUAAGAUAUUAUUUGAUGGCAAGAAGAAAUAUUGUUCCAAACAUGUUGACGCCCGAAGAAUAUAUAGCAAAUUCGAUUAUACAUAGAUCGUGGCCAUUCCGAUGUAUGUUGAAAAAUGGUUAUGCAGGAUGUCAUCAUCAGAGUUGGCAAGAUGUCGAUGAGGAGGUUGGAGUUCCACCGUUGGAGGUUUAUUUGGAAGAUGCAUUGGAUGAAGAUAAAUUAAAAAAACAUCUGGUACCAGAUAAAUAUAUCUUAAAGAGUUUUAAUUUUAGAUUUGGCAAGUAUGGAUUAUUAUUAUUGUUGUUUCGUCUAAAUCCAUUUUUUUGUAAUGAUUCCAACAUUACAGAUAUUGUGAGACCAACGGAUAAGAAAUGUGCAUGUUUCACAAAGUCCUAUGGUAGCCACCAUAUAUUUGCAAGUGGAUCUCUGAUUCAAACGAAAAGAUUAGAGGUUACGGAUUAUGAUUUUGAAAAUCCCGGAUCCUUGCUUGAACUAGGUCUUAGAUAUUUUACUCCUCUGGAGGUGGCUAAAUUACACGCAUUCCCCAUAGAAUCCCAAAAGGUAGAAAAUGACGACAGUUCAUUUUCCGAACAGGAGGAUGCCAAUUGCUUUCGGAUAAAACCAUAUGAUCCCACUAGUAAAAUCGAAACAACAGCAUAUCUGGAAUUUCCUAAUGAUAUUAGCAUUAUUCAAAAACAUAGACUGUUAGGGAAUAGUCUAAAUGUUAGAAUAUCUUGCGCUGUGUGUCUCGAUGAAUGUGAUGAUGAAAAAUUCGAGAAAUUAUCUUCCGAGUGUAAACAUAGACCAAAUAUUUGUAAAGGUUGUAUUGGUCGCUAUAUAAAUUAUCGACUUUGCGAAUUUCAACAAAAAAAUACGAAAGAGAGAAACUUUUUUGGCGAGAGAAAAGUAAAGGUCAAGUGUCCGAGUGAAAAAUGCGAAGUAUUACUUGACAUUGAAGACUUGAAGAGUCUUAUGAGUGAGAAAUUGUUUGAAAGUUGCAAAGAAUUUUCGUUCAAUCGGGGAGCUGAUGUUCCACGUUUCACGUGUCUGACGCCAGGAUGUGGGAAUACCAGAUUCAAGUUUGAAGUCUCUUCAAAACUUGAUUGCCACGAAUGUGCCUCCACGUUCUGUUACAUUCACAAUAUUCCCUGGCAUGAAGAUCAUGCCCUUUCUGCGGAGUAUUAA